GUCAGGUAGUUGAUCCCGGCAGGAAGGAACAGAUCCGGGGAAGAACUAUCGAGGAGGAGCCCGCGUAGGAGAUGCAUGCCGCGCUGCGCCUGGUCGCGGUGGUCGUCCCGAUGGGUGUGCUGCUGUCCCGGACCAUGGCGUGGAUGUCCAGCGGCAACACGCACGCAGAGCUCAUCAGCAGGCUGAGGGAUCACGGGGUGAUCCGCAGCGACCGCGUGUUUGAUGCCAUGCUGGCUACAGACAGAGGGCUCUACGCAAAAAACUCUCCUUAUGCAGACUCUCCUCAAUCCAUCGGCUACAGGGCGACCAUCAGUGCACCGCACAUGCAUGCUCAUGCGUUGGAGCUGUUAAGUGACAAACUAACUGAAGGGGCAUCGGCACUGGAUGUGGGUUCAGGGAGUGGAUAUCUCACAGCCUGCUUUGCAAGAAUGAUGGGCCCUAGUGGUAGAGUGCUUGGCAUUGAACACAUUAAUGAACUGGUUCAAAUGUCUAUAAAAAAUGUGCAAGCUGAUGACCCAGAACUGCUCACCUCUGGACGCAUCAAACUCACAGUGGGAGAUGGAAGACUCGGCAACCAAGAAGGAGCGCCGUAUGAUGCCAUUCAUGUUGGAGCAGCUGCAGCGACUGUUCCUAAGGCUCUCUUGGAGCAGCUGAAGCCCGGUGGGCGGUUGGUUCUCCCGGUGGGGCCCGACGGUGGCAGUCAGGUGUUGGAGCAGUACGACCGCCAGAGCGACGGGACCUUUCUCAAGAAAGCUUUGAUGGGAGUGCUGUACGUCCCCCUGACCGACAAGAGGCGUCAGUGGCCUGGAGGUGAGCUUUGAAUGCAGUGUGGUUGCCCCGACAGGAGGUGGCGGUGGUGCUGCAGCUCUGGGGCCCCGUAGUUGAUGGUAUCACUGAGCUCUGGUCUUCACAGCCACCUAUCCCUCUGGGUUGUCACCCAGCAACAACAAGGAGGCUCCUUCUCUGUUUGCCCAACCAGGCGGUCUUCCAAGAGGGAUAAACCCGUGAGCGACUGAAUGAGCGACCACGGCUGGACAGAUGACCUUCCUGUGAUGAGGUUAUUGUGAAUGACUGACAAAGAAAGGAUUCCUGUGGUCGAAUGGGAUUCACAGUUUUCUAUAUUGGGAAGUCAGUCAUGUUAAGCAUUGAGAAAAUGCAAUAUCAGUUUAAGAUGCAACUAAAUGUUUUCUUCUGGCUUGUGGGAAAUUUGGAUGAGUGGUAAAUUUAUGAAUGCAGUAACACAAGGCAAGGAAGUAGAUGGACAAUUCAGCAAAGUAACAAUGUAUAUAUAGAUAUGAACUUCAUACUGGCUUUAUAUACUGUAUGUCCUGUUUGACAUUGUUACUGUAGAGCAGAGGGGGCAUUGUGCCAAAUAAUUUUUAAUUGAGGCACCCCUUUUUUUUUGUCUUCUUUUUCAACUAAACAAAUAUUAAAUUGUGUACGAUUUAUGAAUAAAACCCAAUAAAUGAAUACAAUAUUGUUUUCA